AUGCAGGCUACAUCACAACAAGAAAUUCGGGACCUGAAAUCUCUUGUGGUGGUGGGAUCCAUCAAUGCUGAUCUGGUCCUAGAAGUGGAGAGGCUCCCCAAGGAUGGUGAGACACUCGGGGCUAGCAGCCUGAACACAUUCCCAGGUGGAAAGGGAGCAAAUCAGGCUGCUGCUGCAGCACGUUUGCAGCACCCUACCUACAUCAUCGGUCAGGUGGGCAAGGACGCCAAUGCCUCGCUUUUGAGGGAUGCGCUGUCCGACUCGGGAGUGCGCUUGGAUCACUUGAAAGAAGUGGAUGGGCCCAGCGGCACAGCAGUCAUCCUCCUGCAGCCAUCCGGUGAGAACAGCAUUUUGAUAGUGGGGGGCGCCAACACAGCUGCAUGGGAUUUUGAUGAUGCUGCGCUUCAGCUUCUGCGCAGCGCCGGGGCUGUGCUGCUCCAGAGGGAGAUCCCAGAGGAGGUCAAUGUGCAUGUGGCCAGCAUUGCUGCAGCAGCUGGGGUGCCAGUGCUGCUGGACUGUGGUGGAGUUGAGGGGCCGAUCUCGCCAGAUCUGCUUAAGAACAUCAGCAUCCUGUCCCCGAAUGAGACUGAGCUCGCCCGGCUGACUGGUAGGAAGACUGAGUCAGAAGAGGAAGCAGAAGCUGCAGCACAGGUGAUGCUAGAGCAGGGCGCAGACACUGUCCUGGUCAAGCGAGGAACCAGCGGCUCAUUGCAAGUCAGCACUGACGGACGGAUAAAACAACCUAUUUUCUUGGUGGACACGGUUGUUGACACGACUGGGGCGGGUGACUGCUUCACUGGAGCCUAUGCUGUGGCAAUCUUAGAAGGAAAGGGAGCAGCUGAAUCGCUGAGAUUUGCAGCUGCAGCCAGCGCCCUGUGCGUGCAAAAGGCAGGAGCCAUGCCAAGCCUUCCAUAUCGUGAAGAGGUACUAAGAUUGCUGGAGGAAGCAUGA